AUGAACGAAAGCCAACAAACACAUCAGCGCAAAGAAAGGGCGGCUGAACGCAUCGCCUGCGAAAUCAAAGGAUCUGGCAUAGCAAUCCAACAAGGCCGAAAAUUUUCCGAUGGAUUGCUGGCCGAGUAUAGCCGGCUACGAUGGGGCCAAAUAUUCCAGGCCGGACAGGAAGGUCAGCUUCAGAAUGCUAUCGGAGCUUUGCCCGGUGAGAUCCAAUGGUCUUACGAAAGCGGCGUUAUUAGUAAUAACGGAAUCACAGUAGCUAGGUUUCGUGGAGCAUACAAUGAUAGCGAUGCUCCGUCGGCUCCUAUGGUUCAUGCUGACGAUGUCCCAGAGACCGCUGACUGA